GAGCUAUUCAAGCAGUCGCAAUCCGCCCCGUUCGCCAGAACGUUCAAAAGAUACACCCUACUGGGGAUCCAACGCGUGCUCAGUUAUACAGUCGUGGAAAACCGUCCGAAAAAGAGAGAGUAUACUCGCGUCCCGUCUAAAUACAAUUCAAAUAAAUAAAGCCCACAUGUGUGUUCCAACUUCAUGACGGAACCGGAACACGUUGUGUGAAAUAUCAAAAAAAAAGAAAUACUACAAAAAAUUCCAGUGGGAACGUUCCAAUUGAGGUUUAAUUUUCUUUGAAAAAUAACCGAGUAUUUCUCAACCCGCGUCGCACACAUGACCACCGCUUUGACAAUGGUGAAAACAGGAGGUAAAUACGCCAAUGAGAAACUCAUCGGCGUGAGGCAUGUGCAAUGCAUCCUCUGCUUCUUCUGUCUGGCAAUGUGCUACGCCUGGCGGGUGAACCUCAGCGUGGCUCUGGUGGCCAUGUCCGAGCCGGAAGCUAGGAAUGCCACUGCGAAUGACACUUCCACCGCCAUGCCAGACGAUGACGACGACGAUUUUGGCCUGUUCGAAGCUGAGACUUAUCCGUUCAACGAGAGCCUGAAGUCGUACAUGCUGAGCAGCUUCUUCUGGGGCUACAUCGCCACUCAGGUGCCUGGCGGUUACAUUGCCCAGCGGUAUGGGGCCAAGAUGCUGCUGCUCGCUGGUCUGGCCGCCGCCGCCGUCCUGACCAUCAUCUCGCCUCUGUCCGUCAAGCUGGGCGGCUGGAUGGGCCUGUGUGCGGUUCGUUUCACGAUGGGCCUUACCCAGGGUGCAGUGCACCCGGCCACGCAUGCUCUGCUCUCCAAGUGGUCGCCGGCCAACGAGCGCGGCAUGCUUGGCACCAUCUGCUAUUCGGGCGCCCAGUUCGGAACUGUGGUGAUGCUGGCAACGAGUGGAUACAUGGCCGACUCCUUCAUGGGCUGGCCGAGUAUCUUCUACCUGGGCGGUGCCUGCGGAUUCGUGUGGAUCUUCUUCUGGUACGUGUUCGCUUCGAGCACGCCGGAGGAGCACCGCUUCAUAUCGCCGGAGGAGCUCAAGUUCAUCGAGGAGUCGCGCAGCGAUGGCAAGAUGCAGUCGGCCGAUAACCUGGCGCCUACUCCCUGGAUACCCAUCUUCACCUCGAUGCCGUUCCUGUCGCUGAUGGUGGUGCACUGCACCCACAUGUUCGGCUUCUGGACGCUGCUCACCCAGAUCCCUAGCUACAUGAAGCACAUCUACGGCAUCGAUAUCAAGGAGAGCGCCCUGCUCUCCUCCCUGCCCUACACUGUGAUGCUGCUGCUCAGCUUCUUCUUCGUCUGGCUGUCCAAGGUGCUGCAGAGGAACAAGUCGCUGUCGACUUCCUUCAACCGCAAGUUCUUCAACAGCAUCGGCCACUGGAUACCCAUGUGCUCGCUCAUCGCCCUGGGCUACGUGCCAAAGGAGGACAACCUGCUGGCCGUGGUUCUGCUGACCCUCACCGUGGGCAUCAGUGCUGCGACCUACCUGGGCUUCCAGGUGAACCACAUCGAUCUGUCGCCCAACUAUGCCGGCACCCUGAUGGGCCUCACGAAUGGGGCGGCCAACAUCAUGAGCGCCAUUGCGCCCCUCGUUGUCGGUCAGAUCGUCCAAGAUCCGACAAAUGUGAAUGAAUGGCGUCUGGUGUUCUUCCUGGCGGCCGCCGGCUACUUCUUCGGCAACCUGCUCUUCGUGGUCUUUGGCCGAACGGAGGUGCAGUGGUGGGACUCGCCAGAGCAGACGGUGGACGAUGUGGAGCAGGGAGUGCCGCUGUCGCCCAAUGGCCAAAACAAACACUAGAUCUGGAUAGCCGCCACAGGAUAGAGGGGCAUGAUUGAGUCAUUGCUGUUGUUUCAUAGUUUUUAGUCGUAGUCAAUUAGUUAGGGACAAUACCAUAACGACGAUCGCGUGCUUCCAUUAGCGAUAUUAUAAGAUAAUUGUUUAGUUCUAAGGCAGCGUAAAUUAUUGUUUGCAGUAUUUUCCAUAAUGUACAUAAUCUAAAGCUUAAAUCAAAUUAAACUUGCAACAUGAGAAAACGUUCAGUGUAAAUAGGGAAGUGCCCACAGAACACAGGUGUAGUGUACGAUGUGCAUGUGCUGCUAAAAACUCUAGUAAUUGUUAUGUUUAGUGUUUAAGCUAGGACUAAACUGAAAACCAACUUGUGAUGAACAAAAAGUGAACUAAAAAAGGCAAAAAAAAAAGAAGAAAAAAAAGCAAUGAAGACAUUCAAAGCCAUUUAAUAAAACAGCUCAAGUCAAAGCUGAAACCAAGUCAAAA